UUAUUAGAUUUAAUUGAUUCAAUUGAAGAUGAAGAUGAAAGUGAGGUGAGCAUUGUCAAUAAGAUGAAGGUGAGUGUAAGCAUUGUCGAUAGAUUGAAGGUAGACAUUGUCAAUAAGAUGAAGGUAAGGAUGAAUGUUGUUGAUGAAAUGAAG